AUUCUAGAAAACAAAGAUUUUUCUGAACUAAAAAAAUUGAAUGAUAAAUGCAAUUCAUUGAAUAAAAAGAUUUGCAAUUACCGAAAUCAAAUAAUGCAAUUAAAAAAUGAUUUGAAAAUAACUCAAAAUGCUUUAUCUAAUGAAAUUGGAGAUCCAGCAGUGAUGAAAACAGUUUUAAUGGGCACAGGAUCUUCAAAUUAUAUAGGACGUGCUCAAAAAAUAUUGGUCUUGCAGCAGAAAGUAAACGAGCUGCAAGCGAAACAAAGUGAUUCAAAAACCAAAGAACUGCAUGAUUUAACUGUUAACACCAAAAAAUUGGAAAAAGCACGUAAGGCAAUUAAUGAGCAGGUAUUAAAGGAUACUCAAUUGAAGGUUACCGAAUUGACUACAUCAGUGGAAAUAUGGAAAAGACGUAGUAAAGCAUUGGAUGUAGAAAUCACUGUCUUAAGAAUACAAAUUCAAAAAUUAUUAUCCAAGUCUGAAUCAGACAACCAACUUAUUGAUCAAUUAAAAGCAGAGUUAGGUAAUAAUAAUAUGCAACGGUUUAAAACUAAGGACUCUGUAACAAAACUUGAAAAAUCAAUUGCAUUGCUACAGUUGAAAUAUGAUAAAGCGGAAAAAAUUAUUGAACAACAAGCAUUUGAUUUGAGUGAUAGAGAUAUGAGAAUAUCUCAUUUAGAAUCCAAAAUACUAAAGAAUAAUGAUACAACUAAAGAUCAUAAAGAUAUGUGUUCAAUAGACUUUAUGGAUCCUAAAGAAAUUUUUGUUAAGAAAUUAAAUGGAUUCGAAAAUCAACAACUUGUGAAUCUUUUAUGCAUAGCUCAUAAUAAAAUUUGUGAACAUGUUCUAGAUGCUGUUGAUUUUAAAAAUAAAUAUUUAACGGAAAAACAAAAAUUACAAAAAUUGAAAUCAAAGAUGGGACACUUGAGUUCAUCAACAUUAUUUAACAAAAGAUCAAAAUCAAAAUAUCACUUCAAACAUGAAUUAAAUCCAAAUGAAAAAUUAUUAGAAUUACAGAAUAAACUAGAACUGGUAGAAGAGGAGCGUGCUGCUUUUAAAGAUAGAUUGGAUACUCUCAUAAUGUUGAAUAAAGAAAAUGUACAUACAUUUACCCGAUCAUUAAACAAUAUGAAACAGCAGUUAAUACAUUAAAUGGAAUACUAAAUUGAAUAAUUUAUACUUAAUAAUAUAGUUCAUACUUCUUUGUAUGAUUAAUAAUUUUUAGUAAAACUCAUAAUAAAUAUAAUGCUUUUAACAAAUGCAGUUACCACCACAUGUCUACAUGAAACAGCAGAUAUCUAUUAAAUUUUGCAAAUUACUUAAAAUUACUUCAGUUUAUUUUUCUAAAAUUCGUAGAAAUUAUUAUUAGUAUAUUAUAUUAUUUUUAAAAUAUAAAUCUUUAAAAUAUGAAAUUUAGAUGAUUAUCCAAAUGUAUAGCA